AUGAUCUACCGCCAGGUACUUGAUUUUUUCUGGUCCCAUCAUAAUCCAGCUAAGAGACGGAAGAAACAAUACCGGUCGGCAAUCCUCUACGAGACGGAGGACGAGAAGAAGAUCGCUGACUUGACGUAUGAUCAGGCGAAGGCCAAAUACGGUGAGAUAGAGACGUAUGUGGCAAGGCUAGAGAAGUUUUACCAGGCUGAGGCUUAUUACCAGAAAUACUGGCUCCGAAACAAUAGCGACAUAUUUGACGAACUAAUGUUGAAUGAUAACCAAAUCAUCAACUCCACUCUGGCCGCAAAGAUGAAUGCCUACUGUGCUGGAUAUACAGACUUUUCCGAGUUAGAAGAGCUGAAGAAAGAGCAUGGACUCAGCGAUAGUCUCGUAGAACGGGUGAAGCAGUACGCGUCGACUGGUGGAGAUCCGAGUGCUUGUCACUACGGUAAGAUUGCUUCCUCAUUCGUGACCACUUCGUCAGUCUCCUCUUCGAAGUAG